AUGAUGGAGGCGCCAUCGAUCAGCAAAAGUGCUUCCCCACACUCCUCCCAGGAAGUCGUCGGUAACGAAUCUCGGCCUCGCAGUGAUCCUCGCCGCUCGGUCACACCUCGAGACCGGGGAAGGGGAAGAGGUAGUGGCCCCGCCCGUUCUGCAAAUGGUCGAUUCAUGAGGGCCACACCUGUGGAAACCGAGUCCAUGGUGGACUUGGGCAGCGUCAGUGUCAUCCUUGGACCCAGUUCGCCCGCUGGCUCCGUGGCAGUUUCUGCAGAGACUACCAAUAGCGCUGGGCCGCCUCAACAGCCUGGGAGCGGUACUUCAACCGUUGUUACUGCCGCCGGACGGAGCCUGCCCGUAUGCCAAACGCCUGCUGCCACUCCCAAGGACGAGCCGCUUUCAUUCCCGCCCUCCAUCCCGUCUACACCCAAGCAAAAUGGCACUGGCAACCACGACCUCCGCGUUACUCCAAAAGUGGCAGACGCUUCGAGACUUUCGCUUACUGAGCACAGCACUGCGACGCCAACUCACGAUCUCGCCGGCCCAUCUUUCGUUGCCCCAGGUGCUUCUCCCUAUGAGGCAGUCACCACCGAAGUAGCUUCCGGCAGCAAGACAACGACACCAUUACCCGAUCCCAAAGGCAAGCAGAAGCGGCAGCUCGGAAGCCUAAGCACCCCCAGUAGCCCCGGGAACCAGGACACGCCCUCGCGACCACAGCGGAAGAAGGCAGUGAGGAGACAGGAGACGCUGGGACCAAUCAAUUCUGCACAGGAGGCUCCAGCCGGACCGUCGACCGCACCCGUUCAGCCUUGUCAGUUCUUUGGGUCCGCUACUCCUGCUGCGGCGUUUGGCUCGGGCGAGAACGUUGCAGGAGCGUUCCAGAAGUCUUCAACUUUCCCGUACCCUGCUUUACCUGCAAGCACCCCCGUCAUUGCACCGCCCGCGGCCGGCCCCUCAUCCGGGCAGCUCGAGCCGGCCAAGUUUGCGGACGCCCAGAACCCCCUUCUAGCCCUGACCCCACCGGCACACGGGCAGCGCGUGCAGGACUCCGGGCUCACGCUCGACCAGAAGCAGACGCUUAGGUACAUGAUAUGGGGCCAGCCUCUCGGACUGCCGCCGCCCUCAAACCACGCAGGAAUCGGAGACGUGAACGCACCUUUCACCGCUCCGGCCAUGGUAGGCGCUGGCACAUUCGCCCAGCAGCAAGCUUCACCCCCCGUCCUCGGCCACCACGCUGCCCGUACAGGCGUGAUCGCUCAAUUCUCCGCGACGACAAGUCCCACUUCAUCGUAUGGCCCCGCUACAACCACAACGUACCAAGACGCAAUGCCUCUAACUGCCUUCCCCAUACUGCAAGGCCAGGCCCUUCCACAGUGGCAGCACCCGCCUCUGUAUGGCACCCACUACCUUCCCUCAUAUGACGAGAUGGUCAACAACCCAGCAAUGCUUUCCAACCCUAACCUCGCCCCUUGGACGACGUUCGCAGCCCACCACGCGAAUCGAGGUCAAAACCAAGACUCGUACCCCAACGCCUUGGGGUUGAACUUGAGUGGGAACGGAAUGGUGUCAGCCUCCUCCAGCAUCUCGAAUCCUCAGCCUGCCUUCCAGCACUACGGCGCUCAGCCCAACCAGAACGACCACAAUUUGAAUGGGUUCAACAUACUGGAGGACCCGGACGUGAAGGCGGUAAUCGAUUACGUUGAUAACCUCGCCGCUGGAAACUUGGACUCUUUCAACCCCCCGGCUGGAACAGACGACCAUACCCAGCAGGCGGAGGGCACCCAGCCUAACUCGACAGAAGUGGAAGCCCAGUAG